AUGGAUAGUAUGAUUAUGAGAGAUCAUCUCACACCAGAAGGAGAUUAUGUAAAAAAUCCAGCUGCAAGUUAUAAUAUCGACCUAAACCAAAAACUUUCACCACUUGCAGCCACCUUUAAACAAUUGAGUACAACCAACUCCUACUAUUACGUUUGGAACGACCAAACAGGUCCAAGAGAAAAAGAAGGUGGAAGAGGAGCCACAGAGAGUUCACUUUCUUAUGCUCAUUCCAAAGGAUUUGUUAUUUAUGAUAUCGAGGAUGGUGUUGCCAAAGGAAUUCAUGUCACACAUACAAAUCCUCAUUUCCCAGCAAAAAAUAGAGACUUCUAUGAACAUUUCACUCGAACAGGUGCACAUCUUCUUGGUUGGCUUGGUAAAGCAGAUGCAGGACAGAAUUUCUUUUGUUACAACUUUGAAGAUCUCUCUGAUGUUAUUGAUACAAUGGUGAAAAACAAGGUAUAUAUGAGUAACCACCAAAAUGGUCAAAGAAUACCAGCGGACACAGUCAUGUGUCGUGGAAUACCUUGUGUUAAUCUCUAUAGACUCACUGAUGUACCUACAUUUAAAAUUAGAUCUCAAUUCUAUAUAACUCAAUGUACCAAUAGAAUACAAGCAAUCUAUGAUCAAAGAUUGGCAGAAAUCGAAACUCAGAGAAUUCCUAAUUUCAUGCAAAGGUUACAAGCGAAUACUUUGACUGAUAUUGAAAUUGAAAAAUUAAAUGAUGAUUUUCCAAUUCAAAGAUAUCAAAAUUUACAGGAUCAUUGCUAUUGGAUGAUUGAACAUAGAAUCAAAGGUCUUCAAAAGCCAUUAGUUUCCAAAGUCAUCAAAUCAUUCGCUAAAACUAAUAUUGAAAUUCCAGCUUUGGAAAAAAAUAUUUUGUCAACAAGAGGUAGACAUAAUUAUAAAUUCAUCAAUCCAUUAUUACCUUGGGAGCUAAUCCAAAAACCGAGAGCAUCACAAUUUGACGGUGUUGAUAUUCAUGAAGUUAUUGCUUCAGUUUACUAUAAAAGAAAAUUCUUUGUCGCCACUUAUAACAAAUUAACCUCUGAACUCUUGGUAAGAAGAGAUGCACUUGGAACUCCUGUCACACCAGCAAAUGAUUGGGAAUACCAAUCAUAUUCUGGAUAUAAACAAGAUCACUCGAAAUUUAUGAUCGACAUGUUCCCAUAUGAUGUUCCAAAUCCAACAAUUUGUUUUGGAGAAUCAAAUCGACAUGCAUUCCAGCCACAUAGAGGUGGAGGUUGCACAUGUUUUGAAGACGAAAAGCUUUCACGAGAGAUGCAUAGUUUUAUUAGAUCAUAUUCAGUCAAAAUUGCAGGUACAGAUGAGAGUGAAAACUAUAAACUUCGUAGUAGAGUUAUUUCACAUUUAGUUGAUCAAAUAAUUAGGAUCAAUGUUCCAAACUUUGUUGGUCAAGUUCAACUUUUAGUCAAGAAAGGAAACGGACAUCACUUUAUCCCUGAAAUUCCUUUACAAACACUCACAAUCACCGCGGCCACCCCAACUCACGAUAUCACGAGACAAAUCAGAAUUGUAAGAACAACAUCACCAUAUACAACAGAUGCUCAGAGCCCAAAUGAAGAGGAAGUCUCCCAACUUAAACCAUAUGUAUCAAGUUACCUAUGGACACCAAUAACACCACUCCAAUCCAGGUCAUUGAAGAUUUAUAGUGAACCAACACAUUUAACAGUUGAAUACAAAGCAUUAGAUGUUACUGGAGCAACCAUCACUUCAAUCAAUACACUUCAUACAUGUACCAACGAUCGAACAGCUCAGAUAUCAAAUGAAGUCAGACAAUGUCUUGAUCAAAAUGCUGUAACCUCAACUAUCACCUAUACUGGAGCCAACGCAGUCUUUGUUGACAAUCAACCAACUCAAUUAAACGGAAAUAGUGAUGCAAGACGUUCCAAUCCCCAAGCAAACACAAGAAUAUAUGAUUUGACUGAAACAACCAAUAUUGAAUUUAGAACAAUUGCUUUCACCAAAAAGUUCCAAACCGCAAUGGGCGAUACAUCAAGAUACAAUAUCAUCAUUGAUCCAACACUCAGCACAGCAUCUCAAUAUAGAUAUCCAUAUAUUUAUUCACAAACUUCGAAUAUUCCAGAUGAUUUAGUAUUGGUUUACUAUCUAUUGACUCAAAGAUUAAUGAGUGUUACUAGAUACCCAACGAUUUCAGACAACAAUGAUCAAUUGGGAAAUGCUGUAUUAUUGGUUGCAUCGAAAUUCAUUCAUAUGAGAAUGAUAACUCCAACCAACAUUGCUACUCCUCCACUUCCAACAGCAGAUCUUUUAGGCAUUACUUUUACAAUUCCAAUUAAAUCCAAGAAUACAAUCAACACACUACCUGAUGUAAAUGAUAAUGAAUUUACCAAAGUUACCUAUUUGUUCUGGAAAUUGAUGUCUCAAAGCACCAAUCCUUUGACAUAUGCUCAACUUUUCUCAGAUCUCACAACAUUCCAACUUACAUCAGCAGUCGAUGUUUAUGAUAAGUUCAAAAUUAGAAUUGUUCCAGCAGAUCCAGCAAUUGAGAAUUUAUUCAGACCCGCUACCAACAAUAAUAACAAUAAUAAUGGAGGAUCUUCAAAUUCACGUUCAUUCAAACUUCAAUCUCAAAUCAAACAUGCAAGUUCAUCACUUUUAGUUUCACUUUUACAAUCGAAUCAUUUCAAAUCAAAUGAAAUAUUUGAAUUGGAUACUCUUGAAACUGAACAAUUGACAGAAUCAUUGGAUAUGUGGCUUGAAAACAGAAUGAUCUCGACACUCCUCGGAUUAUCACGUUCCAACGAAGUCAAAUACCUCCAAGAAAGAUUUAGAUUCUUUUUGACAAAUGAAAUAUGUCCACAAUAUUCACCAACCUCAAUUACACAUUAUGAAAUUUGCAGACCAAUGUCGAUUGUUGAAUUCACCAACAUUAUCAAACACACACAAUUAUCUACAAAAUCAAUCAAAUAUUCUUUUGGCGAGCUCGAAUAUUAUUAUUCAGCAUAUCCAUCAACUUUCCAAUCGAUCUUUUUGGAUAAGACAACAUUUGAUGGUAUUUUAAUUGCCACAAUCAAUUCGAAACUAUGUGAUAUCAAACUUGUCAAACAAACAGAACUCAGCAAUAUUGAAUCAAUCGAUAUCUGUAGAAUUCCAAUAAUCAACAACAUCAUACCAACAUCAAAUAGUAUUAUUACGAUCAGUGGAACUCAUUUCGAUUCAUCCACCCAAGUUACAAUUUCCAAUGGAUAUCGAUGUAUUUCGAAACAUCUUCUCAACAGUACAAACAUUCUUUGUGAAUUACCAAAACUAAACGAUAUCAAUAAUAUUGUUAAAGUUGAUAAUUCAAUCAAUGAUCACUCAUUCUAUGUCACCAACAAAUGUCCAAUCAUCAAUGAAGUUGAUGUAGGAACAACAAACAAACUUCUUUCAGUAUCAGGUGGUGAUAUUGUUGAAAUUAAAGGAAUGUUCUUUGGUUCAUCAUUCUCUGAUAUUCAAGCAUUUAUUGGUCACCAAGAGUGUUUCAUCAUUAAAAUUCAAGAGUCUUCAAUCACCUGUAUAACACCUUCAUACACUGGUCAGAAUAUCCCAAUUGGAAUUCAACUUAGAAAUUGUCCAUUUGUUCAAUCAAUGGAUAAUAAUCAAAGAGUAUCAUAUGAAUCACCGGUUAUCCUCUCGGUUAUUCCAAGCGACCCAUUGUUAACAUUCCCAGGAGAUUCUAUCUUGAUCAAUGGAAAAUCAUUUGGAACAAUUGAAAACACCAAACUAUUCCUCUUUGACAAAGAAUAUCCAUUUGAAUUAUUCAGUUCCGAAACAUUAAGAAUCACUAUUCCAGAUGAUAUGUUGAUUCCAACAAAACAAAUUCCAUUAAAAGUAAAAGUUGGAAAUUCGAUUGCCACCUCAACAUUCAGUUUAUCAAGAGGUUACUUCAUCCCAACAACAUCACCGAUGAUUGUUCCAACGAAAGGAUGGUAUGUAAUUUUUGAUGGUGAUUCAUUUGGAAUAUCAUCAAGUGAACUUGACAAUAUCAAAUUGAGUAAUGGUGUCAAGCUUAUUGGAUGUCACCGUUAUCAAUUCUUUAUUGAAUGUUUGGUUCCACCUGGAAUUGGUGCAGAUUAUUCAGUUAGUGCAACAAUCAACUCAAUCAAUAUUGUUUCACCAUUGAAAUAUAUUUCUUAUGAAGUACCAACCAUUGGAAACUAUGUAAACUCUGGAAAUACAUUUACAAUCUUUGGUAAAAACUUUGUUCCAAAAGGAGUUGCACCAGCAACAUCCAAUAUCUACUUUAGUAAUAAUCAAAUUGAUUGGAAGCCAUGUUUAAGUCCAGUUUUUACCGAUGAAAGUACAAUCAAUUGCAAUGAAAUGCCUGCACUUGGUACCAACCAAAUUUAUGCUUAUGUUGACAUUGGAAAUCAAAAAUCAAACACAAUUAUGGCAAAAGUUACGUUUGUACAUGGUUAUGUUUAUUUGGACAAGAAUUUUAAUAAUGUUAGAGAUUCUAGUGAACAAGUAUUCACAAACUGCAAAGUUACCUUGUCUGUUAACUCUGUUGCCAAAUAUGUUGCAUCUUGUGAUUCCAAUGGAUACUAUUCAUUUGCAUCACUUGAUGCACCUGCAACUUAUGAAAUUACAUCAACUAUCAACAGUCCAACCAAAUAUUUCGUUGUGGUUUCAUCACAUUUCUUUGAUAUUCUCAAAGAUCAAAUCAUCCAAAGAGAUAUUAGUGUUAUUGAAGACACAGGAUACAAUUGUUUCGCAACAUUAACAACUUUUCAAUCUUCAACAAUGGUAUUACCAUAUGGUGAGUAUGACCUUUUAUCAUAUGAAAUGUGUCAAUCACCACCCAGUACUUGUAAAUUCCAGGUUUCCUCAAUUACUACGAAUGGUAAUGAUUGUGCAGCUACUCUAACUGGAACCAAACUAUCUAUCUCAUAUUCAUCUAUUGUCUCAUUGAAUCUAAAAUUAGAUAACUUGGUCCCACCAAAUUAUAAUACUGCUGUAUACUAUGAUUCAUUAACUUUUGCAGAGAUUAAAUUUACCUACCUUCAAAAGGAUUACUUAUUCAAACAAUACAAUAGGAAUGGUCAAAUUUUAUUUAAAUUACCGGUUGGAAUCACUGGUGUCGUCAAUAUCCAAACACCGAAUCAAAAUACAUGGCCAAUCAUCAACAAUUUUGAUGUUCUAUCACCAACAACAAAGACUCUCCCAAUGUACUCUGGAAUAUUCCCAACAGUUAACUUUUAUGAAAAACCAAACAAAUUGGGUUCAUCACUCACAUUACCUGUGGGAUAUUACACUCAGGGAGAUCUCACUCAUAUUGGAUGGUCCAAAAUUGUUCAAUCAUUGGUUGUCCCAGAGAAAUGUGUUCUCAAUACCAAUCUUAUUUUUAAUCCAGGAUAUUCCUCUGUGAAUAUACAACUUACUAAAUUUGAUCUUUCUUAUCAAACAAUGUUUGAUAGAAUUAGUUUUGCAGGUGGAUACCAUAAUAUUCUUAAUCAAUAUCCAAAUCCCUCACUUAUUAAAUACUACAUCGGAAGUGAAAAUUUGAAAUGUUCUCAAACCCAAUGUUACUUCAAAUCUGAUAUUGGUACCAAAACACUUACUAUCAAGUACAACGAUGCUCAACUAUCAAAAACAUACUCCAUUCAAUACACAUCACCAUAUGGAGAUGAAGGACAAUAUCCAACACUCGAUUCACAGUCUUCAACUAAAAAUUCUUUGAAAAUCAAUGAAAAUCUCCAAAUUCAAUCUGGAUCAUCUAUUACUUCCCAAAUAUCAUUGACUUCAAGUGGUUUGACAAUUUCAUCGAUGGGAACCACUCUUUUCUCUGUGUCAUCAUCUCUUUACCUUUCAAGCAGUUGCAAUGGAGAGGACCGACUUUUCAUUCAACCCGAUGGUAAUCUCUGCAUUAACAAUGUUAUCUCUGAUAAAUCAUGUCCCAGAUGGUGUCUCUCUAGUCACCACUCCAAAGCUAGAUACCUCAAAUUAAUUCCAUAUGGUGUUGUUCUCCAAAAUGCCAAUGGACAAAUUGUUUGGUUCAAAUAUCAUUCUUCUUAUAUCAACAAUCUUGCAGGUACUGAGUUUAAGAAAACUUUGUCAAUCCAUUGGUUUAUGCACCAAUUGUCCUUGACAAUACAGGAUCAAAUAAUGUACUCUAUUCUUGGCAGUCGGAGUACCUUCCAAGUGUUCUCACCAAUGGUGUCCACUAUUUGA